AUGGGCAUGGAUCACUACAGGAUUUUAAAGCGGCUGGGCGGGACGACGGUGACACAUCUGGCGGUAGACAAGCAGAAUGAGAAGAAGGUGGUCAUCAAGCGCUUGAUGGAUGGGACGCAAGGUGUGCAGGAGUUGAACGUGUCGUUGCGGGUGCGGCACCCGAACAUCAUACCUUUUUUGGAGUCGUUUGUUCACGAUGGGGCGCUCUACGCCGUGCUCGCCUACGCGGAGGGCGGAGACCUUGAGGCGCACCUCGAGCAGCUGCAGCGCAAAAAGAGGCCGCUGCAGCUGCUGCGGGUGCUGCGUUGGUUUAAGCAGCUUAUUGAGGCGCUGCAGUGCUGCCAUCAGCAAAACAUCGUGCACCGUGACGUGAAACCCAGCAACAUCUUUCUCAACGCCGACGCGACGGAGUUGUACCUCGGCGACUUCGGCUCCGCCAAAGCGCUGCUGCGCUCGGCCUUGCUGACGUCCACCUUCGUCGGCACCCCGAUCUGGACCUCCCCUGAGGUGCUGACAGGGACACCACACGGCUUCUCCUCCGAUGUAUGGUCGCUGGGCUGCGUCUUCUACGAGAUGGCUGCACUGCGGCGGCCCUUCACCGCAACUAACUUUGCCGGCCUCGUGCAGCAGAUCACCUCCGGCGACAUCUCCCCGCUGCCCCACUCCACCCCAGACGAAAUCCGCAAAAUUACGAUGUCCAUGCUGCGUGUGGACCCGGGAAAACGGUGGAGUCUUGCAAAGGCGCUGGCGCUGACGGAGCAGGCCAUUAAAACCAAAGCCCACCCUCCGCCGGCCGCAAAGGGCGCGGCAGAGCGCGAGAAGAUUGAAAGGACCCCACCGCCGAGCAUCCCCAGACGUGCGGCGGGUGCGAAUCCACAGCGAAAACAACCACCCCAGCUGCCCCAGCUGCCCCAGCGGCCCCUGCUGGCGAAGGCAGCUCCGGCAUUGGAAGCGCACCGUGACGGGGCGGUGGCGGAUACCAAACUAGAGGAGUGGAUUCACGCACGCAACCACGACAUGGGCGUCAUUGAACGCUACCUGACGAAGUUUCGCCAGUCUGACGAACAGACUUUGGCACCAUCACCCCCCUCAGUAGUAGACGCCCAGCGCGACCGCGGCCGCGAUCGACGGCGAAGCAGCGUGGCGACAUCACCCGAGCGAACGACGCUGCCGCCUGCGGAGGCGCGAGACGACGAGCCCCGCUUAAGGCCGGACCUCGUGCUGGGCGUGCGGGCGCAUGUAACGGCCCAGCCGCCACCACGCAGCGGUGCAGCUGUUCAACCACAACGCCGCACCGCGAGUAUAAAAAGCAACGCCAAGAAAAAGGAGCAAAACGAGACGCCGGGAAAGAUGAACGUCUCACCUUUAAUCCGCCAACAAUCCGCCGCCCGCAGCGUGAGCGGGAACGCCCUGCAUGCACCCAAACGAAUCAAGAGCAGCCACUCACUGGCGGGGCGGCGGGCUCCUUCCCCCGCGCCGCCACUGCAGCAGGAGGAAGGAAAACGGUUGAGCCGCGAAAAACGUGAGAAGGAACGCGCACACAUGCUUGAAAUGAUACGGGAACAAAAGGCAAAGGCGCAACAAGAGCGCAAGAUAAAAGGCAAAGCCGAGGCCCGGGACGCUGUGGCGGUGGAGAUAGUCCUGCCUGCCAAUUUGCGCCAAGCAGGAGGCGCAGAAUAG